AUGGAGGAUCAAACGGACCAAUCUCUACAAGAAAACCAAGCACUCAUCAAUGGAGCCCGAAACAUCAUAUUCGGAAAGUAUGAGAUGGGGAGGCUAUUAGGCAAAGGCACCUUCGCCAAGGUCUACUAUGGCAAAAACCUCAAAACCUCCGAAAGUGUCGCCAUUAAAGUAAUCAACAAGGAUCAUGUCAAGAAAGAAGGCACGAUGGAGCAAAUCAAGAGAGAAAUCUCCGUUAUGCGUUUGGUUCGACACCCAAAUAUCGUCGAACUCAAAGAAGUCAUGGCCACCAAAAAGAAGAUUUUCUUCGUAAUGGAGUACAUCAAGGGCGGUGAAUUAUUCGCAAAGAUCGCUAAAGGUAAGCUCAAAGAAGACUUGGCAAGAAAAUACUUUCAACAAUUGAUAAGUGCUGUGGAUUUCUGUCAUAGUCGUGGCGUUUAUCAUCGUGAUUUGAAGCCUGAAAAUUUGCUUCUUGAUGAGAAUGGCAACUUGAAAGUCUCAGAUUUUGGGUUAUCAGCUUUGCCGGAGCAUUUGAGAAAUGAUGGGUUGCUUCAUACACGGUGUGGAACUCCGGCGUAUGUGGCUCCGGAGGUGCUGAGAAAGAAAGGGUAUGAUGGAUCAAAAGCCGAUUUAUGGUCUUGUGGAGUGAUUUUGUAUGUGUUGCUAGCUGGGUUUCUUCCAUUUCAAGAUGAGAAUUUGAUGAACAUGUACAUGAAGGUUUUCAAAGCACAGUAUGAGUUUCCACCAUGGUUUUCCUCCGAAGCAAAGAGACUAAUUUCGAAGAUUUUAGUCGCUGAUCCAGAGAAGAGAAUCACAAUUCCGGCGAUAAUGAGAGUGCCUUGGUUUCUAAAGGGAUUCACUAGACCAAUCGCCUUUUCGAUUCCAGAAGUUUUUGGCCAAGAAAAUGUCGAGGAGAAAGAUGUAGAUGAAGAGCUAGAAUUGGUUAGAUCAAAAUCAGCACCACCGUUUUAUAAUGCUUUUGAGUUCAUAUCAUCAAUGUCCUCUGGUUUUGACUUGUCCAGCCUCUUUGAGAGUAAGAGGAAAUCAGGGUCUUUGUUUACAUCCAAAUGUUCAGCUUCUUCAAUCAUGGCAAAGCUUGAAUUGGUUGCUAAGAAGUUGAAUUUCAAGAUUGUUUGUGCAAAGAAAUUUAAGGUGAAAAUGCAGGGAGCUUCCGAGGGGCGGAAGGGGAAGUUAUCGGUGACAGCCGAGGUGUUCGAGGUGGCACCGGAGGUGGCGGUGGUCGAAUUUUCCAAGUCUGCUGGUGACACUCUUGAGUACAAGAAGUUUUGUGAGGAGGAUGCGAGGCCUGCCCUCAAAGACAUUGUUUGGAGUUGGCAAGGUGAGAGCAACUGCCAACAAUAA